AGCUUCUCUCAUGGAACUCCUGCUCUUCCCUCACUCCCUCACUUCCGUCCAACCAUCGCCUACUACCGUCGUCGUCGCAGCUUCCAACUUUGAACAGCCACCGCCUGCUCCCUCACUCCCCUUCCUUCGCACAGCAAACGUCGCAAACUUCCUUCCCUCCAUCGCGCAGCCACCGUUCGAUCGUCGAAGCAUCCAUCGCGCAGCCACUGUCCCGCCGCGCCAGCUCUGUUCCACCGCUCCCUUCAGCGGCCUCUGCUCUGUUCCGUCGCGUGGCCCUUCCCUCAAAGUGUUGCUGGUCAGAUUAUUCUCUGGAAUUUCCCUCUUCUCAUGUUUGCUUGGAAGUUUCAGCUCCCUCUCCCUGUUCUGUUCGAAUUUUAGAACAUGCUCCAGCCUAAGCUUGCUCAAUAUGUUUCAGUUCCUCCCAGGCUGAGCCAACAUACUGUGCAUGACAGAGUCAUGUUAUGAUAUAAAUAUGGAAUAGAAGAAAUGAUCUCAAAUGGUUGAUUGGUGCUCACCUCAUCAGUGGCCUCAAUACACCAUCUCUCUAAUUCACCCAAUCCUACCUUUACAUACUCUUUAUUGCUGAAUGAACAACACUCAGAAUGUUAGUAUUCUCUAUGCAGCAAAUUGACAUGUAAUAUGAAGAUGGUGAAUAAUUGAAUGGUUUGUGAUUGAUUAUUUAUUUUUUUGUUAUUUGACUUUU